AUGGGACAUUUUAUUCCCAGCUGCUCCGACUUCGAAAAUUCGUCAGCGACGCCGCCUCUCGUGCCUCUUCCGACUCUCGACGGGACGCAACCGACGACGAACCUGACGGCAACGUCUCCGUCUGCCUUCAAGACGGUCUGUUAUCCCCCACCAAACGAUUUCAACUCUUGCGAGGACGUCAUGGGCAAUUGGCUCCUCCGGAUUCUCAUCUGGGUCGUCGUCGUCGUCAACAUCUGCGGCAACUUGACGGUCGUCUCUGUGUUCAUGGCGAACCGCAAACGAUUCAACGCCGUCAAACUGAUUCUCUGCAAUAUGGCGUUCGCCGACUUGUGCAUGAGCGUCUACCUCAUGACGUUGGCAAUAGUCGACGCGAAGACGUAUGGGGAAUACGUCGAUCACGCAAUCGAGUGGAAGACGAACGGCGGAUGCGAAGCGAUCGGCUUCGUUUCCGUCUUCUCGAGCAUCUUGUCGCUCUACAGUCUCACCGUCUUGACGAUGGAGCGAUUCUAUACAAUCCAUUUUGCAAUGUACGGUCGGAAGUUGGGACUCAAACAAGCGGGCGUCGUAGUUGCAAUCGGUUGGGUUUACGCCUUGAUUAUGGCGACUCUCCCGCUCGUCGGGGUCUCCGACUACACGUCGACGGCGAUUUGUCUUCCGUUUGAUCUCGAAAACGGCGGACGGGCUUACAUCAUAUUCGGACUGAGCGUCCAUCUGUUGGCUUUCUGCAUCAUUGCUGGCGUGUACGUCUUCAUCUUUUGCCGCAUCACCGAUCACGUGACGUUGACGGGCAAGGGCAACUCGACGGUUUUGUUCAAGAUGUCGCUUCUUGUGGCCGUCGACUUUUGCUGCUGGAUGCCGAUCAUAGUGACAGGUAUCAUAUCGGCGGCAACCGAUGAAGUAUCCGUGUCCCUCGUGGCAGCCAAAUACAUGAUGGUCUUUAUAUAUCCGCUCAACUCGUGCGCUAACCCAUUUCUCUACGCCAUCUUUACAAAACCGUUCAAACGCGAUUUCUUCGAGUUCUGGUACCGUUUCGGCUACUUCGAAAGUCAGUACUUUAGAUAUUCGCGCUCGAAAACCGUUAGAGGUACCAGUCGGUCAACACAGCUGCAGACAAUAACAGGUCAUUCGUUGGGGAGCAUGAACAUGCAGUUGGUCGCCAUUGCUCCCAAUGGUAGCAACGUGGAUGCGAGUGUCACUUCGCUGGACAGUACCCUACAGAACGUUGUAACAGAGACGUGCGACGACGUCGAGAGUGUGUCGAAAACCAAACGCAAAAGAAAAAGUUCUGGGAACUUCGGAAACGACGCGACGGACAAAGACGAGGAGGAAAAGCUAGAGAACACAGAAACGGAAGUAGUUGUUGAUCUCGAUUUCGAUAUGUUAACAAUCGCUGGACAGUUGGUGAUCAGAAACGAAGCUUUCGACCGAAACACAGAGGCAAAAUAA